UCUUUAGGUGGCAGCCGCAUGAUGUGGGGUGCGCGCAUUCAACUCACUCAACUCAACUGAACUCCCCAUUCAACUUUUAGUCGGUCACAUCGCCACAAUCGCUUGAACUUCGCUCGGGGUGAGACCGAUUCCAGGUGCCGUUCCCAACUGCCAGCCAUCCCAGGAUAAUAUAUCGUCAUCUGUCGUCGUCGGGUGACUGUUGACCGUUGUUUUGUGCAAAAAGAAUUGUGCGGGUGCGUUGCUCGGGUGCUUUAUGAGCUGGAAUUUUGAAUUUUGAACCGUAACGCCAGCCACCGGAUGUGGUUAGAAAAUGUGAAGAAUCCUCAAUAGUGAACGAUCGUUUUUUGAGUCUCCAAGGAUUUACACCUGUUGCCGAUUCCCGUUUUUGUGUCUUAGGUUUAUGACUUGUCUACGGGGCUUUUUUUUAUGAAUCAAGGUGUUGAGAAUGUGUUCAGUGUAAGUGUGCCGCACCACGUCGAUCCGAUCCACAACCUGUUUGUUUUGGUGUAGGUCCGUUCAUUCCGAUGCUGGUGUUCUGGAAGGCAGCAUAAAAAUAAACCACCAACACAGCACAGCGUGUAAAAUAUGUGUAUAGGCAUGAUCGGUAGUUGGAUCGUACAGAAGAAGUAGGAAAAAAACUAAAACUUCACCUUUGGGCGCUCGCUGGCGAUUUUAAAGGUGUGUUGUACUCGCCUCGACUCUUCAAGGAAACCUGUAAUCGAGGCGGAUUCUGCUGGUUGAUUCGGGUGACCCGUUACCUGUUCUGUUAACUUUAAGCUGGCCCAGAGUACAGACAGAGUCAUCUCCCGUUGUUGGGGCCUUAUCUGGCCUUAGUGUCGGGUUCAAGUGUGGGUUUAAUGUUUUUGCCAACAAUUUCGGUUACGCCAUAUUUUUUCCUCCUGGUCCGGAGAAAAGUGUGUUCCACCAUAAUACCAUAAUAAUGCGGCCAGUAAUGGUUUGCGAGAUCGAUUGAGAUCAGUGGAGCAGACUUCCAGCAGCGUACUCGUGGCCGGUUUUAUGCAACCUCAUGCAGAUGAGGUCUUGACGAAUCAAUAAACUAACUGAACGCUUUCAGGUGAAUCGCGCUCAUUGGGGGGAAACGUUUAGGCGCAAAGAAAAUUAUCCCGCAAUUAAGUUCAUCGUGUGCCAAAUUAAGGUCUAAUAGACGAAGUGAAUAGUAAACAGGGAAAAAUUGUGAAAAAACUCAAGUGUGUUAUAAACAUCAAAGGGUGAAAGUAAACGAUUCAAAACCUUUACAACUUGUGAGAAGAAUUUGAAAAUCAUAAUUCAAGAAUAUUUUCAAAAUCCACAAAAAAAGUUCUCUCGCCGAAAGAACCCGGCCAUUACACCAGGAAUUUGCCCACUCAUCGGGGUCGGCGAACAAAAUAACAAGGUGUCAGGAAAGAUAGUGUGUGCUUUUUUUUUUGCUCAGUCCAGUUGAAACGGAUCCGCGCAACAAUAAUGGGAAAUAUUUGCUCCGGACUCUAGACGUGGUAACGGUGGAAAAUGAAAGUUCGGCACCCGUUUUCGAUCAAUCCUCCUCCUCCUCCUCUUCGGCAGCAGCAGCAGCUUCGACCCCACCCACGCACGGGCCGCCAAAAUUCGUCAACUGCAUGAAUCCGCCUUAUAGAAUGCCUCCGCAGCCACUCGGAUCGUCGUACGGUGUGCAGCAGAAUGACCAUUCCAUCCCGGGAACUCCCGCCAGUAUCGAACCUUCAUCGAACCUCCUCCAGCAUCAGCAUCAUCAGCAGCAUCAGCAGCAGCACCAUAUAUUGAGCACCCCACUAAGGACACAUUCCAGUAAAUUUCCGAUUGAACGUGAGCUGGUGCUGUCUUCGAACAAAAACGCGUCCAAAAUUCCGUUGAUGCAAGAUAACCGAAAUACGACCAUUCCAUUACUGAACUCGUCCCGAUCGUCCGUUUCGGCCGUUGGACCGGACCUGCCGACCAAGCAAACCCAAGCCUGGAACCAAGCCCAGAUUGAAGUGAUCCACUCAUCGAUCACCGGAACCAUCCCUCGGAACGCUGUCCGUCUCCCGGAAGACGUAACAGCCCUUGCUGAGGCACGUGAAAAUCUCUCUUCCAAGGAUAAGGAAACGGUGAAGAAAUCCGUUUCGAAAAACUACCACAAACUGAAGGACCUGAUCUCGUCGAAGUUCAACAAGAAAGAUAACGGCGAAGGAGCUGACGAACUGAAUAACGUCUCCUCGAUGGUUCAACAACAGCAACCGGACAGUCUGGGGUCAUCGUUCCUCCAGAUUACCGGUGGAAACAACCUCAACCACGCUCAAUCGAACAUCAAUCUGUGGAGUUCAAACACACGUGGCGAUUCGCCACUGUAUUACCACAAGAAGUUUGCCGAUCCUGCAGACGGUUAUAACGCUGAUACCUUAUCAGGAUUCCGCAGUAUGAAGGCAAUGUCCCAACCCCAGCUCAACACGCUCUCUGCCGAUAAUAUGGGUCCUAGACCUAUUCAGAACAUCACGAACUUUAAUCCCCAAAUAGACGGCACCGACAGUGAUGAUGGUGGCUUUAAGCAACAUAACAACGGCCGAAUCAAUAUACAAACUCCUCAAAUGUCACAGCAACAGCAACAACAACAACAACAACAACAACAGCAACAGCAGCAGCACAAUAGACAACUGCAGCAAAGCUACGUCCACAACUAUCGCCACAAUCAUCCUCAAUCUUCGGGUGGUGGCCAACAAACACCUCAGCAAACGGCUCACGGAAAUUAUCAACAGACGCCUCAGUCCAAACACAAAAUCUUGGCCGAAUAUUCGGACGGAAUUCAUCAACCGGUCCCGAAGCAACAACACCAAUACGGUGGUCAUGGAGGUGGAGCCCAUACAACGAUCAACAUUGGUGAAUCCAGCUACAACACUCCUCACUCAGCGCAAGCACACUCUGGUCAGAAACUUAGCCAUCACAACACCAAUGGAACUAACAACAACAACACGGUAGUUCAAAUUGCUAACGACUCCUCGCACGUGGUGCAAACCGGAACCAUAACCAACAACGCUGUAGGGGAUAAGCAGGUGGAUUCCAUCUCCAGUUCCGAUUACGAUCGGAACGGGAAUCAUAGCUCGAAUGUCGACUCGGGCCGGGGCAGUGCAGCCUAUUCCAGCGGGCGAAAAGGUGGAGCACUGCCACCGCAAACCAGCAGCAGCAUGACUGUGAUCGAUCAGGCCGUCGAUCGGAGCCGCAGCAAAUCGGAAUCAGAGUGGAUUGACGUAGUCGAUGCAGAACUCAGAAACAUCCUGGAGCCCGGAAUCAAGGGAAUGAUGAUAAGACCCGAAAGCACAAUGUCCGAGAGUGCUUCUUCGAUGUCUCCACCACUUCCACCUGUUUCGCCGGACGUGCCCGUCCAAUACAGUACACCAAACGGGCCCAACCUGACCAGUAUGAACAACAACAACAAAUCGCUAGCCGCAAAAGGUCACCACUCCAAACAGGAAUAUGGCACCGAUACGUAUAAUCGGGCUAGUAAAAAUCCCCAGCCCAUUGGACCCUCCAAGGGUCAUCCAUCUAAUAGUACAAUCCAAAAUUAUAUGCACAACCUGAAGCUGUCGGCCACCAGUAAGAAGCAGGAACAGAGUAUGCUCAAGAAACAUUUAUUCGGAUUAGAUACGGACGGUGCUUCUGUAACGAACACGACUCGAUCUCUGGAUUUGGAGUCCCUGCUGGGAGGUCCCUGGGAUGCUGGUCAAUCGGUAAGCGAAUCAGAAACCGAUGGAGGCUUACAGCAGAUACGUAACCAGCUGGAGGGUCUCGAAUCCAUGUACAGUGAGGUGCUCAAAAUGUUGGGUCAUCGAAUGGCUGCUGCUGACGUUAAUCAGCGCGUAAAUCGAAGAAGACGCCACGGUAGUCUUUCGUCACUUCCUUCAAGUUCGGUCAGUGGUCGUCCAAUACGAGAUCGUCGACGGCCAGACGAUCGACGUAAGGUUCGUGAUAUCCGUGGUAUAAACAAACGCUUCCAGCGACUGGAAUCACACGUCGUUACACUGGCUAGAAGUGUAGCACAUUUGUCUUCCGAGAUGCGCUCUCAGCAUCUGGUUUCGCAGGAACUGGAAGAAAUCCGCAAUGAUAUGGCGAUGCUGCGAUCCCAAUCGAUGCACCAUAUCCCACUGAAUGCAAGCGCAGCAGCUGCAAAUGCCAACACAAGUUCGAAGGAACCAAUGAAUUUGACCAACCCAAGGCGAGUGAAGAAGCUGACAAAAUUCUUCGGGGAAGAUCCACCUCUGAUGAAGUUGUUUUUAAAAAAGCUUGGUUACGAGAAAUACGCUCCAAUUUUUGAGAACGAACGAGUCGGUAUGAUCGAACUGCCCUAUCUAGGAGAGGAGAGACUGCAAAAGAUGGGAAUCCCGCUAGGACCUCGUCUGAGAAUUCUUCAGGAGGCGCAAAUUUCCCUCUGUCGAGAUACAACGCUCUGUAUUGUGUAAAAAGCCAAUAGGGAUUCGAACGGACGACCAUUAUGUGUGUGCGCACGUGUUACACAAAGCCAAAGAAAUGGAUAAACGUUCAUUGUACUAAAUACUUCAAACAACAACUCAUACUACCAGUGUUAUACUUGAAUCGUACUCUUCUAAGAAUAGUAUUACUACUGUAUUCUAGUAGACAUAGCGACACAUAUUCCCCACAACAGCAAUUCAUUCCUCAGACAGUUUUUAUUUCCUUACUUUCGUCUCCGAUUACAAAUACUCAUUGAUAGGUAUAAGUUGAAAUAAACAGUUUUACUCACAUUAUA